UCUUUGAACGAUUUGUUCAAUUCAAAGAAAGAUAGCUGAGAUCUACGAGGUACUUUUUAGGUUUAUUCGCUUACAAAAAUCUCAAUUCUAGGGUUUCCAAUCUUCUUUUUCUCGAUUGGUUCCACAAGUUUCUCUGUUCUUGAGUUAAUUUCUGAGUAGAAGAGCUAUCUGCCGAACCGAUGAGCGAUGGCAAUGUCGUCGUCGGCCGCGUACGUAGGAACUACUGUUUCAUCUGAUAAUUUGAAAGGGUUUAUUCUUGCGGUCGUAUCUGGUGCUUUUAUUGGGUCGAGCUUUAUCAUCAAGAAGAAGGGUUUGAAGCGGGCUGGUGCUUCGGGUCCUCGUGCCAGCUCUGGAGGAUACGGUUACUUGUUAGAGCCGCUUUGGUGGGUGGGCAUGGUAACUAUGAUUGUUGGAGAGAUUGCCAACUUUGUAGCGUACAUGUUUGCUCCUGCUGUUCUUGUUACACCACUUGGAGCGUUGAGUAUAAUUGUUAGUGCUGUGCUAGCACAUUUCUUAUUGAAGGAAAAGCUGACGAAGAUGGGGAUUCUAGGGUGUGUUCUUUGCAUGGUGGGGUCCACAGUGAUUGUUCUUCAUGCGCCUGAUGAGCGCACUCUGACUUCGGUAGAAGAAAUCUGGGAAUUGGCAACCCAACCUGCAUUUCUUCUGUAUACGACAUCGGCAAUAGCUGUUGUGCUGGUACUGAUGUUGUAUUGUGGUCCUCGUUAUGGGCAGACUAACAUGAUGGUUUACAUCGGCAUAUGCUCCAUAAUUGGGUCAUUGACAGUAAUGAGCAUUAAAGCUAUAGGCAUUGCAAUAAAACUCACAUUGGAGGGUAAUAACCAGGCCACAUACUUCCAAACAUGGGUAUUUGCAAUGGUUGCAAUAACAUGUAUCAUAACUCAGCUAAAUUAUCUAAACAUGGCAUUGGAUACUUUCAACACUACAGUUGUUUCCCCUGUAUAUUAUGCUAUGUUCACUUCUCUCACUAUUUUUGCAAGUGCCAUAAUGUUUAAGGAUUGGUCUGGUCAGAGUGCAAGUAGUAUUGUAUCAGAACUAUGUGGAUUCAUCACUGUGCUCUCUGGGACCACUGUAUUGCACAGUACAAGAGAACCAGAUCCAUCUCCUCUUACAGAUUCAUAUACUCCACUUUCACCCAAAAUAUCGUGGCAAGUCAAUGGGGAAUUAUGGAAGCAAAAGGAUGAUGAGGGGCUGUCCCCAGAUUUUGUUACCAUUAUUCAACAAGACUACUUUACUUAGAUGUAUUUCUGUGACCUUCCAAGUUCUGUGAACACAGCUAGCUGGUGGCUCUUGCAAGCACAAAAGUAGUUGCUGAAAGCCGCUAUCAUUGUAUAUAUUUGAAGAUGAAACUGGUGGUUUGAAGUCUGAUUCCUGCAUCCACUUCAGUAACUCUACACUUGCAGCUCGGGGAGCUUUGUUUGCUUGUGCAGGCCAAGUUUAUUUGAUCAUUUUUUGUUCCAUUUUGGAAUCCAGCCAGGUGUGCAACUGAAAGCAGUUAUCUUUUGCAGCACAGUAGCAGACUAGAUGUAUUUCUGGGAUGGCUUUCAGUUCUCUUUGAUAUCUUAACGUAGAUCCAUUUGAUUCUUUUUGUUGUAUUAGUUCAAUUAACUGUAUGGGGAAGGAUCUAAUCCCUGCAUUUGUAGUGAAAGAGGAAAAGAAUGAUCUUGCAUUUCCAGAUGUGGUCUCAAUCAUGGAGAUGAUAAGAUUGUAGUUUUUGGGUGCAGAGGAGAAUUAUAAUGUUUUUAGUGAUCAAUAAAUCUGAAACUGCAAUCGUUUUGUAAUGUUAAA